CAUAGCACCCACGUUCCUCCCAGUCUCACACCCAGCCACCGAUUCAAGUUAGGCAUGGAGCCUGAGCCACCGAGUCAGGUAUUGUUGCUGGAUAAAUUAUUGUUGCUUGUUAAAUUAUUUUUGCUAGAAAAACCAGUAGCCAUUUGGUCCUUCAACACAAUGUUAUAUUCAUCAAAUGAAGAGCUUCGAAACUCAUCAUCUGACUUUUGGUGUGCAGUUCUCUCUUCUAGGAAAGAGGUUGAUCAAUUGCCUGUCGAAAUUGGUUGGUUUCCUGAGUACUCAGAUUUGAGAACAGCUCUUGACACUUAUGGGUUUCUUUUUGAAUUUUCAUCCAGUGGUGAACCCAAAAAUAUAGUUUGACGCCAGUUCAAGUGAGAAUAUGGG